AAUAUCGGUGACUUUGGUUCUCUGGUUUGUGUGUGGAUUAACAUAAUCUUUGUAAAGUAUAGACUAUAAGAGUAUUCUGUUAUCUGUGGUAAAAGACACCUAGUGUAAAACUCGUGUACUAAACAUAUAUAGUUUCCGUAUCCAACAUGGACCGUUACUCAUUUCUUUAUAAACCCUCAAUAAAUCAAUAAUCACCACGUUACAUGGUGUCAGAAUUGCUAAUAAACGUGCAAAAUAAAAGAAAAUAUAUGAAAAAGCUGUAAAAUGGCUACGAACGACGCAGUAUCCGGAAUAAAGCCGCCAGCUAACCUACAAAUUGACUCGGACAAAUCCACGUGCUGGAAAAAGUGGUUACAACAGUUUGAAUGGUAUUCAAUCGCUGUUCAACUAGACAAAAAGCCAGCCGAAGUCCAGGCAGCAACAUUUAUGGCAGUGAUAGGCCCAGACGCGAUCGAAAUAUACAACAGUUUCAACCUUAGCGACGCAAACAAAAAUGACUUGCAAAUUAUUAAAGACAAGUUCAAAGAGUACUUCGCACCAAAAACAAAUAUAUCGUUUGAAAGAUAUAUAUUUUUCAAAAUUGUUCAAAACGAAGAUGAACAAUUUAACGAAUUUUUAACCAGAAUAAAAACUCAGGCAAGCAAAUGCGAAUUUGACAAUUUACUCGACGAAAUGCUGAAAGACAAGAUAGUGUUUGGAAUCCAAUCGAAUCAAGUAAGAGAGAAAUUGUUAACAGAAGAUAAACUAGACUUGACCAAAGCUAUAACAAUCUGUAAAACUAGUGAACAAGCUUCUAAACAACUAGACGAGUUUGAAGGUAAAAAUAAAGCAGAUAAAGUAUUAGCAGUGAGAAAUAAAGGUGUCAACAAUAAACAAAAUGAAUAUUAUGACUGCAAAAGAUGUGGUACAAACCAUAAAUGUAGACAAUGUCCAGCAUUUAACAAACCGUGUACUAAGUGCAAUAUAAAUGGUCAUUUUGCCAAUAUGUGCAGCACUAAGAAGAAACAUCCCAAACAGAAAAAUAGAGUGAAUACAGUAGAAGAAAACUCAAAUAGUUCUGAAGACGAGGUAUACAUAACAACUAUAAGUGCCGGAGAACAGAAAGACUGGACAGAAAAAAUACAAGUUGGUAAUGUGAAAUUCUUUGCCAAACUUGAUACAGGAGCACAAUGCAAUGUGUUACCAAGACAUUUAAUGAACAAAACGAAGGCAAGUCUAAAACCAAGCCGAACAAAAAAUUUAAUAAGUUACACAGAUGAUAAAAUGGCUGUUCUGGGCGAAGCAGAGCUAAUGUGUAAAAUAAAAAAUGAAGAAAACAACAUUAUAUUCAAGGUUGUUGAAGAAAAGGUUACACCGAUCCUAGGACUUGAUACCUGUGAAAAAUUAGAACUUAUUGCAAGGGUGAAAACACUGAAGGAAAGUGAAAGUAAAGAUGAUAUCUUCGAAGGUUUAAUUAGACGUCAUAAAACCAGAAACACAGCCUACCCCCGCGCACACGGACUAGAAGCAGACCCAGAAAAAGUAGAAGCUAUACAGGCGAUGAAGACACCAACGAACAAAACAGAGCUACAGAGACUACUAGGAAUGGUCACAUACCUAAAUAAAUUUAUUCCAAAAAUGUCUGAUUUAACAAAUCCACUGAGAGAUUUGUUACACAAAAAUACAACCUUUAUAUGGGAAAUUCAUCACGAAGAAGCUUUGAACAGAAUAAAACAAGUUCUUCAAAGGCCUCCAGUAUUAAGACUGUAUGAUGUAAACAAACCUGUAACAUUAAGCGUUGACGCAAGUUCCAAAAAUCUUGGUGCUGCACUACUUCAAGAAGGACAACCAAUAGCCUAUGGAGCAAGAGCGUUAAGCAAGUCUGAAGAGAAUUAUCCACAAAUUGAAAAAGAAGCACUAGCUAUACAGUUUGGAUGUAAGAAGUUUCACGAAUAUGUUUAUGGUAAAGAACUGACAGUGGAAUCAGACCAUAAGCCACUUGAGACAAUCUUCAAAAAAAACAUACAAUCUGCUCCAGCGAGAUUGCAACGCAUACUAUUUAAUCUUGCACCAUAUGCACCAAAAGUUAUAUUUAAAAAAGGCACAGAAAUACCCUUAGCAGACUUUCUUAGUCGAGACUGCGAUGCAUCUAAUCUGAAAUAUGAACAAGAAGAAAAUUUGAAAGUUGAAGUAAUACUACCUAUGUCAAUUGACGCAAAAGAGGAGUUAAUUACAGCUACAAAGGAAGAUCCACAUUUACAGUUACUACUUCAGACAAUAAUAAAAGGAUUUCCAGAAAAAGUCAAUGAACUUCCCACAGAACUACAACACUAUUUUAACUUUAAAGAAGAAUUGAGUUAUCACAAAGGAAUAAUUUUCAAAGGAAAUAAAAUUGUAGUACCAAAAUCACAGAUCCCUAAAAUGCUAAAGAAUAUUCAUCAAGGACAUGCAGGUAUACACAGCUGUUUAAGAAGAGCACGACAAAUUCUCUACUGGAAGGGACAAUAUGAUGAUAUCAUAAAACUAGUUAAAACGUGCUCUGUCUGUGAACAAACACAAAAAGACAAUAUUAAAGAUAUAGUGCUAAUUAAAAAGAUUCCUACACUUCCAUGGCAAAUAGUUGCAUCUGAUCUAUUUGAAUUAAAAGGAAAAACUUACCUUGUAAUCUGUGACAGCUACUCUGGUUAUUUAGAUUUUCAACAGCUAAAAGGUCAGUCUUCAUAUGAAGUUAUAGAACAACUGAAAAGAUGGUUUGCUGUACAUAGAAUACCCGAAGAGCUACAAACUGACAAUGGAACACAAUACAUGUCUAGAGAAUUCAAAAUCUUUCAAAAAGAGUGGAAAUUUAACCAUGUCACAUCCAGUCCACAUCACCAUCAAGGCAACGGGCUCGCCGAAAAAGCAGUUCAAGUAGCCAAGAACAUAUUAAAAAAAAUGUAGGAUUGACAAGUCCGACGUUCAACUAGCUUUAUUAAACUGGAGAAAUACACCAAGAAAUGAUAUUUUAGGUUCACCGAACCAACGGCUAUACAGCAGAAUAACCAGAUCUCCAUUACCUAUAAAAGACAGUAACCUGAAACCAAAAAUAAUGCAAGGCGUCACAGCUGAACUAAAACGAUUAAGAGAACAACAAGCCAGUUACAGUAAUAAGCACACUAAAAGACCAGACCAUUUUGAAAUUAAUGAAAAAGUCAGACACAAAGUUGCUCAUCGCCACUGGGAAGGGGCCAGAGUGAUAGAAAAGCCUGAAGGUCUACCGAGAUCCGUAAUCAUUCAAACUGAUCAAGGCCAAAUCCUACGUAGAAACUUCAGUCAUCUGCACAAGACACAAGCAGACAUUACUAGCAACAGAGUGGUAGUCCCUGAAACUAAAUACACAGAUGAACCAGCAGUACAACAGGUUCCAGCACAAGAACAAUCACCAGCUGUUCCUAUGUCACUCCCAGUAUCAACAAGCUCGUCACCAAACACUUCUAAUCAUUCGCAGAAGUCAGACAUGGCUCAACCAGCGACAGCACUAAGAACAUCAAGAUUUGGUAGAAUAAUUAAACCAGUAAAUAGACUUGAACAAUACUCAAAUUAGUUAUUAAAUAUUAUUUUAUAAGUUAUAUUAUGUUGUGCUGUGCAAUUUAUGAUUAUAGGUAAUUAGUUAAGUAUUAAUAUAAUAGUAUGUUUAGAAAACAAUGUUUUUAGUUUACAAAGAAAGGGAGAUGUAAAGUAUAGACUAUAAGAGUAUUCUGUUAUCUGUGGUAAAAGACACCUAGUGUAAAACUCGUGUACUAAACAUAUAUAGUUUCCGUAUCCAACAUGGACCGUUACUCAUUUCUUUGUAAACCCUCAAUAAAUCAAUAAUCACCACGUUA